GGGGUUAAGAUCUGAGCUAAACGAAAGACGGAAAACCCUGACGGCAGAAAUCACAAAAAAACUUUGCUAGCUUAACAGCUAGUCCGCGGAGUCGUUUGUAAUUUAUUGUUAUUGGUAUAAUUAAUUUUAUUAUUAUUACUGUGCUAAAAUGGAGUCUUUGCGGUGUUUGAGCAUCUCCCAUCAUCUGGAGGAGUUUAAAGAUGACGGUUUGCAGACCGUGACCUCUGCAGAGCAGAGUAAAGUUGAACGCAGCAUUAAAGAGGUGCUCAGUGUUUACCAGCAAAUCCACCCUUCACCCCAGCCAACGUUACUACGAGAACAACACUACCAAUAUCUGAAGAAAGGUUUACGCCAUCUCUCGGAUGCCUACGAGUGUUUGGAUGCCAGUCGGCCUUGGCUGUGUUACUGGAUCCUGCACAGUCUGGAGCUUCUGGAGGAACCCGUGCCUGCUUCUGUAGCAUCAGAUGUGUGCCAGUUCCUGGCGCGGUGCCAGAGCCCGAAAGGGGGUUUCGCAGGAGGUCCGGGGCAGCACGCUCACCUGGCACCCACAUACGCCGCCGUAAACGCCCUAUGCAUUCUGGGAACGGAGGAGGCCUACAGCGUCAUAAACAGAGAGACGCUCCUGGACUUCCUGUUCACGGUGAAACAGGCAGAUGGCUCCUUUGUGAUGCAUGUGGGUGGGGAGGUGGACGUCAGGAGUGCGUACUGCGCGGCCUCAGUGGCCUCUCUCACCAACAUCCUGACCCCCAAACUGUUCGAGGGAACACACAACUGGAUCCUCAGCUGUCAGAAUUGGGAAGGUGGCUUGGGAGGGAUGCCCGGUCUGGAGGCUCACGGUGGCUACACCUUCUGUGGCAUGGCAGCUCUGGUCAUCCUGGGAAAGGAACACAUGCUGGACCUCAAGGCCUUAUUACGCUGGGUCACGAGCAGGCAGAUGCGUUACGAGGGCGGUUUUCAGGGUCGCUGUAACAAGCUGGUGGACGGCUGUUACUCGUUCUGGCAGGCCGGCCUGCUGCCGCUGCUCCACAGAGCGCUCUUUAAAGACGGAGACGAGACGCUGAGCGUGAGCAGUUGGAUGUUCGAGCAGCAAGCGCUACAGGAAUACAUCCUGCUCUGCUGCCAGAACCCUGGAGGAGGCCUGCUGGACAAACCGGGCAAGUCCCGGGAUUUUUACCACACGUGCUACUGUUUGAGCGGUCUCUCGAUAGCACAGCACUUCGGGAACAAAGAUCUCCACCACCAGCUGGUCGUCGGGAGAGCUGAGAACAGACUGGCGCCGACUCACCCGGUGUACAACAUCUGCCCUGAGAGAGUUGCCCGAGCCAUCCAGCAUUUCCACAAGCUGCCUGCACCGGCGCCGAGAGGAGCUCCAGCGAGCGCACACCACCACCUGUAGGCUUUUUGUUUUCGUUAAGAGAUGACGCUGUUGUUGCUGUUGUUAUCUGGGCUGUACACAGGAACCUGGUGUGUAAAAACACUGUAAUUAAAAUCCAUGCUGGGGGAAAAAUAAAAUGCACCAGUCUUACUGAAACCUAAAGCAGAGGCCUUCAGUUUGUAGGGCCUCAGUUCUGUGGUGAGGCCCUGAACGCUUUCUGCUGUCCCGGACCAGUCAAAAUGUACCCGGUGGCUUUUUUUUUUUUAUUUAAAAAAAAAAAACGUGACGUUGCCUCCGUGGUGCUGUGGAAAUAAAAGCUUCAGCGGUUUGUAUUCAAUGUGGUUACGUAAUUUACAAAUAAACAAAUAAAAUGAAAAAGCGUGAUCGUUUUCUCCGUACGCGUGCGAACGAUUCCUCGGCCCGAUCGGGGGACUGAAAGAAUUCGACAGCGUUUAAAUCAUUAACACUGUAAACUUAUUUACAAACAGUCCUGUAAACAAUUUUUCCCGCUUUUCAGUGUUCAUUUUUGUAGACGAUAAAAUAAAAGCCCCUUUUUUUUUUUCUUUCUUUUUUUUUUAAAGGUUGAUUGUUAAAUGCAGUUUGUUAGUAAACCGUGUCGUGUAUGGUAGAAACGUCUAGGAGUAUCGCGAUACGGUCAUUUAUUUCUGUCGCACCGUCCGACACGAGGACUCUCCACCCGCUCGUCGUGCGAACACGGGGUACGAGAUCUACUAUACACGUGUACAUAAUCCCAAAUAAAACUCGACGAGUCAGGGAAAAGGAUAAAAUAGUUUUUAUUUAUAGUCUCGUAGUUAAAGGUAGGCCUCAAUUUUGCAAGACGAUUGGCUGGCGGUAUGUACGACAUACCGGUCACUUCCGUGGAACGGAAUCAAUUUAAGGAGGUGCUAUGAGGGGGGAAAAAAAUGGAUAAAAUUAUUUUUUUUAAUAUAUACACACAACUUAUAAACAUGAACAUUUUUUUUUUUUUAAAAAAGGAGUGAAUGGGAGGUGCGUCAAAAAAUCAAUCAGCAUGGACAUGUUGUUUUCCCUGAAGACAUUUUGUUUUCUAAACUGUGGCGAUGGGGGGAAAAAACAAAAAAAAACAUUUUAUUAAAUUUAAUUUCCCCAAAAUUGCAUGAAACGUACAAAACCCAGUACAUAUAAUAUCUAUCUAUAUAUCUAUAAUGUGUAUAUAUAUAUAUAUAUAUAUAUAUCUAUAGGGGAGAAUAUAAAUUAAUGUAUUCCUUUAUAUAAAAAAAACGUUCAGCUAUCUCUCACUAACUCACUCACUAAUUCACGAUAAAACAACUUAAGAAAAUUUGAUUCAUUUAUUAUUAUUUUUUUAAAACCAAAUUUAGUCAGUGAUUUGAUCAGAUUCGAUCGGUCUGCGUUCGCGUAGUAGAACGUUCUCUUGUGGAAAAGUACAAAUAUUUAGAAAGAUGACCCAACCGCUCCUUUGUGGAACGGUCACGCUAAGGGUAAGUACUCGGAUGAUUAUGAUGUUUGUUUGUUUUUUUUUUUUGCUUUUUUUUGCUUUUUUUGUUCUUUUUAACAUGUACAAAAAAAAAAAAAAGAA